ACUCCACACGAGACAUGAACAUAAAAACAAUUUUUUGUAACAAAUUCUUAAAUAAAUCACUCGUGACUUCAUGGAACAAAUCUUUACGAAGGCAAUUUUGCAUUUCUUCAAAAACUUUCGAACGUCCUUUCAUCUUAGGCAUUGAAACUUCAUGCGAUGACACCGGAGCAGCUGUCGUUGAUGCCAAAGGAAACAUUUUGGGCGAUUGUGUCGCUUCCCAAUUAAGACAACAUCUCGCUUUUGGAGGAAUAAUUCCGCCCGUCGCUGCGGAGUUGCACAGACAAAACAUCGAAAAAGUCGUCAACACAGCAUUGAGCGAUUCUGGAUUGAAAAUUGAGGAAAUUGACAGCAUCGCAGUGACAAAUCGACCUGGAUUGGCACUUAGUUUGUCCGUGGGACUUCGAUACGCGAAGCAUUUGGCACGAAAACAUGGCAAAUCUCUCAUCCCAAUUCAUCAUAUGGAAGCUCAUGCGUUAACGGUGCGAAUGGAAAACGAUGUGCCGCUGCCUUUUUUGAGUCUUCUCGUUAGCGGAGGACAUUGUUUGUUGAGCAUUUGCAAGGAAAUCGAUAAAUUUCUGCUUUUGGGUGAAUCAAUCGAUGACGCGCCCGGCGAAGCUUUCGACAAAAUCGCGCGUCGCAUGAAACUUCGCAACUUGGUUGAGUUUCGGAACAUGAGCGGCGGUCAAGCGAUCGAAAUUGCGGCGUCGCGAGCCGAUAAAAGUCGCGAAUUUGAUUUUCCUCUGCCGCUUGCGAGAUCAAGAGACUGCCAAUUUAGCUUCUCCGGACUGAAAAACACCGCAAAUCGCUUUACUUACUUCCAAGAACGAGAACAUGGGACUGCCAAAGAUGACGUUUUUCCGGGAUACGAAAAUCUUUGUUUGGGUCUUUUGAAAGGCAUCACUCGCCAUAUUUGUCAUCGAACGCAACGAGCAAUCGAGUUUUGUGAAGAUCAAAAAAUUUUGGGGGAAAAUCGAAUUUUGGUCGUUUCAGGCGGAGUUGCUUGUAAUGAUUUUUUGUUCACCGCAGUGAGUCAGCUGGGCGAGCAAUAUGGAUACAAAGUUCUGAGACCGAGAAGGAAACUUUGCACCGAUAAUGGAGUGAUGAUAGCGUGGAAUGGCAUCGAGAGGUACAAGAUAAAAAGUGAUGUUUUGGAGAAUUUUGAGCACGUGAUGCCUUUGGGAAAAUGCAAAUUAGGCGAAAGUUGGUUAGAUAAAGUCAGUAAAAGACAAUUGGCAUGUAAAUGGGCGAAAAUUCCCAUUUUAAGGGAUGAAGAAUGAAAUUUUUCUGGAAAAAAUGAAUUUUUUAAAUUAUUUAAGACGCCAAAAAAAAUGUAGAAAUGACAAAAAAAAAAUAAAAAUAAAAAAAAAUCUAACAACAUUUAUUUUUUUUAUUCAAUUUUCGAUUUUUAUUUAAAAAUAUUGAAAAAAAAAAUUUA